AUGCUUCCACAAUCAGACCAACCACCCCGCGUCGCCAUCAUUGGUGCAGAGCCCGGCGGGCUUGUGCUGGCCAAGCUGCUUCGCGAUGACCCCCGGUUCGAGCGAGGCUCGCCCGAGGUCAAGGGAGCCUCUUUGACCGGCUUUCGCAUUCUCACCACGCCGGAUAUUCUCGACUCGCUCCGGAGCCAGCUGCCCGCCGAUUUCCGGGCCCUGCUGGACAAGACCGUGGGCCUCUCGCAACCGAAUGGCAACCGAUUGUAUGUAGAGAAGCUCUUUGGCCCCUACGAUCUAGAGAAAAUCGACCCAGAAGACUCCUUUCUCAUGCUCGGUAUGGGGUCUUACACCAAUGAAUUCGUCAAUCAAAGCAAGCACCGCGACGAGAUGACGCCGGAAGAAUUGAAGGAAGAAUGCCUGGAUCGAGCCCGCGGUUGGCAUCCUCUUCUGCGGGCCGUGCUGGCUAUUAGUGAGCCUAGCUCUGUUUUUUAUCUCGCACAUCAAAAUUCAAGACCCUAUCGAACCUUGGGAAACUGGCCCAGUGACGAUCCUGGGCAAUGCAUGACUCCGUACCUGGGGCAGGGUGCAACCAACGCCAUAGUCGAUGCCAUGACUCUUGCCGAGAAGCUGAAAUCGGCCCAGCAUGGGAAUGAGGAAGAAAGGAAACAAUAG